GUCAUAAACAUUUUAUCUGUUUUGGAAUCAACAGGAAUACUAUUCACGAUGGCUAUUGUAAGACAUACUACCCAAUAUUCCGAUGCCUACUUGGACAUAAGCUAUUAUGUGCCACCACAUCAAUACACACCUGCGGAUAUUGAGAUGUACUUAAUAAGUCCAAGACCGCAGUUUCCUCCACACGAGCCACCAGUACCAGUUAGCGAAUAUCUGAUUGUGUCAGAUUUGAAUGAUUGGUUCGAGGAUAUAUUAGAUGAGGCAGAAGAAGAGAUCGAAAUAGAGGCAAUUGCUGACCCCAUUGCUCACCGGGACAUUGUUACAGCAUUUUUUAAUGCCACAAAUAUCGAUUACCCAAAAAAGAAAAAGACCUCGUGGUUUAGAAGAGGCGUUCGAUUCUUAAGGAGAGCAAUAGCCCCCUUAAGAAGACAGUAAACAGUAAAACAAAGAGGCGCGGAUCAAGCGCAAAAUGGGAUCUCGAGACGUAAGUAACUGUUCCAUGUAACUGCUAGGUCGCAUAGCGGUCCGACAAGUGUUGUUUGAAUACUAUUUUUUAUAACUGAAUACUACUGAUUUUCGUUUUAAUAUUUUUAUUCAAAGUGCAAUUUUUUUUAAAGGAUUUUAAAACAUUACCAAUGUAUCUUAUCCGUAUGUGUUAUAUUGAGAGGCUAUGAUAAUCUUUUGACUUCCUGAUUUGUAGGCAUAUUGCUAUUAUAUAUCUUUGAAACAGUGUAUGAUAUCAUCUGGAUAUCUUUUAAACAUAUACAGGUGACUUUUUAUUCACCCCUAGUCCAGGAAAAACUUGAUUGAGGGC